UUCAUCACAACUCACCACCUCCUCACUCUCCUCCGUACCUCCAGUCUGGCUCGCACCUUCUUCGGACAAGUCAUACAUACAUACGGAUUAACCGGUGCUGUUACAACCUGCGUCUACCAGUUGCGGAUUUUGUAGCCGCACAGCAUGCUGUUGUUAUGCAGGAUCGAAGCUUCUCUCUCCGUUAUAACCCUGCUCCGCGCUUCUCCGAUAUAAACCUUAAUCCUUGAUCUCAAUCCUCCAGCGAAACCCAUGCGAUCUUGAUCCAAUGGCUCAGGAGCUUCGGAAUUCGCAGGAUCUUCCGUUCGUGCCGUACGAGGCGGUUGUGAUCUGCGCAGAGGCGGACGGGGUAGCUCCGGCGCUGCUGCUGCGGCCCAAGGCGGAGUUUGUCUCGCGAUGGACUCCGCACACGGAGCAAGGCGGGGAGUACCUCUUCAACAUGCCAGAUGGCUUCGCGCGAUUGGCUUUGGAGCAUCGCGUGCGCCCUAAGCGAGGCCUGCGCGCGGCGUUCCUCACGUCUCUGGGCCCGGAUGCCGCCGCUGAUGUAGGGUGCGUGCUGUUCCGGCUGAAGCUGGAGGGCCAUGGCACGGUGGAGAUAUGCGGGCCACCGGGCACUGCUGCGUACUGCCACGCGCUACGACACUCCGUUGGAUGGAAGCACCCAAAGGUGUUUGUGCGUGAAGCGGAUCCAGGGGACCAGCCCGUGUUUGAGGACGGCAAUGUGCUGCUCCUCCCUCUCUUCACCCACACCGCCUCCCUCUCCCUCUGCUUCUGCUGCUACCGCCGCCGCCUAGCCCUUCGCCUUGCUGCCCGAUCAACUGGCUCUGCUGCUGCUGCUACUGGGAGCUAUGGAGUGGGUGUAAGAGGGGGUGUGAGGGGAGAGGGUGGGGCUGGAGGCGGAGGAUCAGGGGCAAAGGUUACUGGUAACCACACUGCAGGAGUGGGGAGUGGAGGGCGAGGGAAUGGGGGAGAGGCAGGCGAGGAGAAUGGUUGCUGCUGUGCUGGUGAUGCAGGUGAUGAUGGUGAUAGUUCUGACGAUGAUGAUGAUGGUUCUGUGGGAGUGUACAGCUCAGGGGAUGGUGGGGUUGAAGGUGGGGAAACCGAGAGUGAGGGAGAGGGUGAGAGUGGGAGUGAGAGUAGCAGCUCUAGUUCGGGCUCGGAACGCAAGGACUCCCCAGGCAAGGUGGCAUUGAUCAGUGAUGCCAAGAAGCCUCGAUGCGCCAAGGAGACUCAGGAGGAAGCACAAAAGAAAGGAACUCUGGGGAAGAGAAAGGCACCCAGUACUGACUCGAGCGACAGCGACAGUGAGAGUGAGGAAAAGGUGGAAGAGAAGAGUGAGAAAGCGAGUGAGGGAGAGAGUGGGAGUAGCAGCGAGAGUGAGGGUGAAAGCUCUAGUGGGAGCCAGGGAGGGGAGAAAUCAGCAUCGAAGCUGUCACGGGAGGAGCUCUUCGCUCGCAUGGACGAGGUCUUUCUCAGGGGGGAUGGCCGGGGGAACGCACUCCACUCACUCUUCCCUGCCUCCCGCGGCUUGACCACUGGCCCAGCCCUCGGACUGAACCUGAGACGAAGCCUGAGGCAGCGUCACGGACAGAGCGGGGAGCGGAGAGAACUUCGCAGGGGAAAGCAGGAGCAGGGGCAGGGGGAGGGGAAAGGAGGUGGUGCACGAGGUGGUGGAAGUGGUGGUGGGGAAGGGAAGAGAGCUGGCUUUAGCUCUGAUGGUAAGCCGGCCGCCGCCGGCCCUGGCAUGGGUGGUGUGGCUGGGAGGGGAAGUGAGAAGGAGGAGGAUGAUCUGAUUGUGAUUGAGAAGGUGAGGGCGACUGAGGUGAUUGUUCUGGAGACCGAUAGUGAGGAGGGGGAGGAGGAGGAGGAACAGGAGGAAGAGGAGGAGGAGGGGGAAGGGGAGGAGGAGGAGGAAGAGGGGGAGGAGGAAGAAGAGGGGGAGGACGAGGACGAGGAGGAGGAUAAGGGGGAGGAGGUGACGGGGGAAGAGGAAGAGGAGGAAGAGGAGGAAGAGGAGGAAGAGGAGGAAGAGGAGGAAGAGGAGGAAGAGGAGGAAGAACAAGAAGAGAAGGAAGAGGGUGAAGAUGAUGAGGAGGAGGAGGAGAGUGAGGAGGAUGAGGAGAGAGGGGAGCAACAUGCGAAGAAUACAAGCAAGGGGAAGGCGAAGACAUUGACGACAAGGGAAGCACCAGAGAGGAGAUCUGCCAAGCGGCUGAAACUGACAGCAGGCAAGCCGCGAGGCGAAAGCGUCGUAAGUGACCAAGCCCAACGUUCCCAGAGACAGCUAUCGCUGGGCGUAUCUUUCUCCGGUUUCGACACAAGCACGGCACUAAAAGCCACCAACUCCGCGCCCCACUCCUGCUCCUCCGCUGCUGUGGCUGCUGCGCUUGCCCCUGCUGCUGCUACCUCGAUAUGGGCCCCUAUUGAAGCCGCAACGGAAGCCAAGGCGAGCGGAAAACGCGGCUCAAAGAAGCCUGGAAGGCAGGUGAUGGCGGGGAAAGGAGCAGCAGCAGGUGCAGCAGCAAGUGCUGGUGCUGCUGCUGGUGCUGCUGCUGGUGCUGGUGCUGGUGCUGGUACUGCUGCUGCUGCUGCUGCUGCUGCUGCUGCUGGUGUCCAGUCGAGACCCCUUCCUGCACUGGCUGCUGUGGCGCCGCUCCCUGCGUGGGACAGUCUUCCGCCUCUAGGCGACUAUGAGAACGCCCUGUAUGCUAUCAGCCGCGUCGACGGUUCAGUGCACACCGUUGCAGAGGCUCUUGCUGCUGCAACUGCUGCUGCUGAUGGUGGUGGUGGUGGUGCUGCUGCUGCUACUGCUGCUGCUGCUGCCGCUGCUGGUGCUGCUGCUGCUGCUGGUGCUGCUGGUGCUACAGAGGCUGCUGUGGCCCGUGGUUGUUUCAGCCCCCUGUCAGUGAGCAACCAAGGAGCGAACUACUCACCUCUGGUCGGCGGGUUAGGGCACAGUGGCGGUGGAGCGGGGACCAGAAGGGAGCGGCUGGCAAUGGCUGGGAAAAUCGUGCCUCAGAUGGCGGGCUAUGUGGUGUUCUUUAAACAGGCUGGGACUGCUAUUCUGAUCACGGAUUGUAGCAGCGCUGAGGAAGCUGCCGCGCUGCUUCCGAUUGCGUCGGUCUGCAGUGGGUGUAUGGCUGGUGCUGGGGGUGGUGAGGGAGGGGGAGGGGCGGCUGGGGAGGGAAAAGGGAAGGGGUUGUGUCACUGCGGCAGCGGGUUUAAGGCAGGUGGUAAGGCAGGAGUCUGCAGUGCUGCUGCUGCUGCGGCUGCUGCUUCUGUUGGUGUUGCUGCUGGUAAUGCUAAGGUGCCAGAAGUGGGUCCCCUCACAGUGGCAUUCCACCUCAGCGCUCGAAUGAUGCUGUCCUCGCCAGCUCAUCGCGCGCUGGUUGACAGGCUGGCAACGCCUCGUGUGCUGACAGGGGGCCUGACGGCACCUGGUGUUUCCUCUCCCGUGGUGACGCAAGCUCCUGGUAUGGCUCAAGGCAAAAUGAGCCGGGUACUAUUUGAAAAUCCCAAAAAAAACCAUCAGAAUCAUCAUCAGCAGCAGUGGCAGCAGCAGCUGCAGCAGCAGCAGCAGAAGAGGAACCAGCUGGUGUGGCAGCAGGGGCCUAGGAGGAGCCAGCGAGAGAUUCACCAACAGCAGCAGCAGCAGCAGCAGCAGCAGAUUCAGCAAGCACUACAGCGUGGCCAGGAACAAAGCUUGUCCUCACCGCCACCGCUGCUAGAGGUGCGACAGGUGCUGGCCCGUGCAGGCCCCAAGGAAUACGGAUUCAUCAGUACGCUGAAGCAGCUAUGCCGGCUUCAUGCCAUAGACCCCGCAGUUUUCCCCUUGCCGGGGCAGCAGGGAUACGGGUCGGAUAAGGGGAUAGUGAAGGAGGGAGUUGUGCCAGGGAAGGAAGGCUGUACAGUAGAUGCUGUUUUGGAGGUGAGAGAGAGGCUGCUGCACGGUGGGAGGGGUGAAGGGGCCAGGGCUGGUAGGAUGGAGGAGAGGGAGAAGGGGAGAGGGGUUGAAGAGGAGGAGGAGGUAGAUAGGAGUAUGUUUGGGAGAGGGGGUGGGGGAAGGCGUGGGGGUGUGGUGGCAGGGAGGCUGCUAAUGCAGGUUGGGAUUGGAGUAGGGGAGGUGGCUGAGGAUGUUGCGGGAGGGGAUAGGGCAGGGGGUGCUGUGGGGAGUGGGUCGGGGGGAGGUGGAAGGAGAGGUGGGAGGAGUGGGGAGAGGUGCAGGGUGGUUCAUGCGUGUGUGGAGUAUGACAAGUGUCCUGAGGUUGUGGAUCCAGUUAAGGUGUGGGAAGAGGAGAAGGAGAGGGAAAGGGAGAAAGAGAGGGAAAGGGAGAAAGAGAGGGAAAAGGAGAAAGAGAGGGAAAAGGAGAAAGAGAAGGAGACGAAGGAGGUGGAAGGGGAGAAAGAGGAGGCUAGGGAGAGGAAAAGGAACGGCAAGAAGAAGAAGGGAGAGGCGAGAGCAGGUGACAAGGGGGCCGAGAAUGGGAAGGAAACGUUGAGUGGUGCAGGGAGGAAGGUCAAACGGAAGCAGCAGGAGGAAUCUGAAAAGGAAGACUUAGAAGAGAAGGAAUUAGAAAAGAAAGAGGAGGAGGAGGAGGAGGAGGAGGAAGAGGUGGAGAAGGCGAGGAUGAGGAAGAAAGCGAUGAAGCUGAAGCGACUGGAAAAGAGUUUGGAGCAGUGGUCUAAGGAGGUGGUGGGUGAGGGAGAGGAGGAUGUGGAGGGGGAGGAUGAGGAGCCGAAAGGCCGGAAGGAGAAGGGAAGAAGACCCGAGAAGAAGAAGAAGGCGGUGCCGGCUGGGAAGGCGCAGCGGGGAAGCAAGAGGAAGGGAGUGACGAAGAAAAAGAGCGCAAGGGGCGGCAAGAAGAAGCUGAAGAAGAAUGAGAUUUUAGAGGUGCUUCAACAGGAGGAGGAGGAGGAAAAGGAGGAGGAAAAGGAGGAAAAGGAAGUGGAGGAGGAGGUGGAUGAGGUGGAUAUUAAGAAGAGAGAAGAGAACGAGGUGGCAAGUGGUGAAGGGAAGCCGUCUGGUGCGCCCACGCCCAGUGCCCCCUCCUCAGAACGUUUGGGUGGAGAAGCAAAGAAGGGGAUGGAGCAGGGGAAGGAGCAUGUGAACAAUGACGGUGAGGGGGCGGGCAGGGUGGGAGGGGGAGGGGUGUUGCAGUGGUGGGUUGACAAGGGAAGGGAGGAGGGUGGGGUGAAAGACGUGGGGGCGAGUGGGGGGGGUGAAGUGGAGGACGGGGAAGGGGAAGGGGAAGGUAGGGAGGUUGAGGGAAGGCGUGUGGAAGGAGGGGUUGGUGUGGCGAUUGCGGCUGUUGUUGUGAAGAACGAGGAGGAGAUCGAACUGGAUGAGAACGAGGAGGAGGAAGAGGAGGAGAAGGGGGGGCGGGGGAAGGGAGAGAACAGAGAGAGGGGAGAGAAGGGAGAGGAGAGAGAGGAGGUGAGGAAGGUUGGAGGAGUGAAGGAGAGGUUCGCUGGUGGGGUUGUUGCUGGUGGAAUGGUUGCACGUAAUGAGGAAGAGAUAAUAUUGGAUGAGUGUGAGGAUGAGGGGGGGGAGGAGGAAGAAGAAGAAGGAAAGGAGGGAGUAGAUAAGGCAGGAGGGGGGAAGGAGGGAGAUGGGUGCCAAGGAGGUGAGGAAGAGAAGGGUCGAGGGCACGGAGAGGAGGGCAGGAAGGCGAGCGCGGGGCAGGGCGGCAAGCUGACUAGUUCUGGCGCAGCAUCUGGGCAAAGGGCCUCAGCAAGUAGUGAAGCAGCUGAGGCUGUAGCAGCCGAGGGUGCAGCAGCAGGAGGAGCACCAGCAGAAGGAGCAUCGGCAGCAUCAGAAGCAUCGGCAGCAGCAGGAGCAUCGGCAGCAGCAGGAGCAGCAGGAGCACCAGCAGCAGGAGCAGGAGCAACAGCAGCAGCAGCAGCAGCAGGAGCAGCAGCAGCAGCAGCAGCAGCAGCAGCAGCAGCAGCAGCAGCAGCAGCAGCAGCAGCAGCAGCAGCAGCAGCAGGAGCAGGAGCAUCAGUCGCAGCAAUUAAGGGGGUCGUACCAUCGGGGAGCCAGGGGUCUGCACCAUCUGCCAAAGGAUCUCCAGCGCCAGCAAUGUUCGGGUCUGUACUGUGUGCUGAUGGCUCUCCCAGUUCAGCCAACAAGUCUGCCGCACAGCGGAUCAGGGAAUCGCUGAGCAAGGGCAAGGACGUGCGGAAAGAAGGCAGUGAAGAGAUGGCAAUGAGUAGGGAAGGCACGGCACAGCAAAAGACGGCACGGCAAUUGCUGCCAACGCCACAAGUGGCACAGCCACUGGCAGCGCUAAGAGCAGCGGUAUCACCAACAGUGGCAGCAGCAGCAACGGAGGUAGCAGCAAUAAUGGCAGGGGCAGCAGCACCGGAACGGGCGCCACCCUGGAUUCGUGCAGAUCCCCCACCACCACCAGCUGUACCACCACCAGCUGUACCACCACCAGCAGUACCGCCACCAGUGAUAUUGCCACCAGCAGUACCACCACUGCCACAACCAUUGCCACAACGACCACCAGUGCAGCAACAACCGCCACGGCCACAACCACCAGUGCAGCAACAACCGCCACUGCCACAACCACCAGUGCAGCAACAACCGCCACUGCCACAACCACCAGUGCAGCAACAACCACCACUGCCAGAUCCACCAUUGCCACGAUACGUGCCAGCACCAUGGGGUGCUGUACCCAGGCCUGCUGUUACACAGUUACCGCAUUCCACAGCAGCAGCAGGUUUUGGUGUGGAGAGAGGCCCCUAUGCGUACCAUGGCCCUCCCUCACAGUUCCCCACCCCCGUCCAGGCGAGACAUGCACCACUGCCCUUUCCAAUGGGCCCAUCUCCCAUGCAUGGGCCAAUGCAGCCAGCCAUGCAGCCAGCUAUGCAGCCGCCAAUGCAGCCAGCAAUGCAACCGUCAAUGCAGCCGUCAAUGCAGCCGCCAAUGCAGCCGUCGAUGCAGCCGUCAAUGCAGCCAGCAAUGCAGCCGUCAAUGCAGCCGUCAAUGCAGCCGUCAAUGCAGCCGUCGAUGCAGCCGUCAAUGCAGCCGUCGAUGCAGCCGUCAAUGCAGCUGUCAAUGCAGCCGUCAAUGCAGCCGUCGAUGCAGCCGUCAAUGCAGCCGUCGAUGCAGCCGUCGAUGCAGCCUUCGAUGCAGCCAUUGCACCUGCAGCCCGUACUGCAGGCAGAAACAGGCGGCCCUCCAAGGUAUGUGCCAUCACCACGGCCUUUCCCGCAGUUCCAGGCUCGUUCGGUAGCAGCAACACCUGUGGUGCAGUCACCGUUAGUGGAGAGUCCAGGAGCAGGGGUUUCACUGGCACAGACACCAGUACCGCCAGUAAUGGCAACUCUACCACCAGCAGCACCAGCAGCACCAGUUACACCAUUUGCAACAGCGAAGCGAGCAGCACCAUCACCAGCACCAGUAGCAGCACCAGCAGUAGCACCAGCAGCAGCACCACCAGCAGCAGCAGCACCAGCAGCACCAGCAGCAGCAGCUGUAGUGCCAUCAACUGCAGCAGCAGCAGUAGCAGCAGCUGCGCCACCAAACCGAACACAAGCCCCAUCGCCCCCCCUUCCUCUUCCCCUUCCUCCUCACUCCCCAUCCCCUCUUCAAACGCCUCCCUCUCCUUCCCCUCCUCUAAAUCCUCUUGCCACUUCUAAGCCUCCUCCCAGCAGCCCUCCCAUAUGCCCCUUAGAGGUAACAUUCCUCGGAACAGGCUCGGCUGAACCUGACAAGCUUCGGGGAACCAGCGGCAUCCUGCUCCGGUCAACAGUGACAGGCCUGAACGCCUUGCUGGAUGCAGGUGCGGGAACGCUGGGAGCACUCAAGCGGAGGUUCGGGGAAAACCAGGUUUGGGAGGAAAUUCGGCGAUUGUCGGUGGUUUGGGUGUCCCACAAGCAUGCGGACCACAUGCUUGGACUUGUGCCGAUCCUGUUUGGCUACCGAGAGGCGCAGGAAAGAGAAUCAAGGACGAACGGGUUUGGGCGGUACUGUAGGUGUAAGUUCCCCAAAGCCGACCUGCAGAGCAGCAAGCAGCAGGAGCAGCAGGAGCAGCAGGAGCAGCGGCAGGAGGAGAGGGAUGGGGACGAGGAAGAGGAGAAGUGGAAAAAGGAAGCAACUUCAUACCCUCUCUCCCACCUGAGGCGCAGGCAGAAGGUGUGGCAGAGGAAAAUAGCAGCACUCACAUCAGCGUCGUCGCUGCCCCGUUUCUCCCCCACCACUCCGCUUGAGCAUGGGCAACACAAGAGAGGCAGGGAGGGAGACGCAGGGACAAGUGAAGACAGGAGGGGUGGGGGGGAAAUGCAGAGCGACAGGCAGGGAGGGGGUGUUUGGGAGGACGAGGAGAGGGAGUGGGCAUGUUCUGUGUGUGGGAGGGCAGUUGCCAAGGUUCCGAGGAGGAGUGUCAGCAGGGCAGGGGAGCCAGGGAAGCGGCAGAAGCAAGGUGGGGAGAGGGGGACAGGGGAUGUGAGCCGAGGGGCGGUGGCUGCAGGUGGUGUGAAGCCGUUGCUGAUUGUCGGACCACAUCUGGCUGAAAAGUGGCUGGCUGAGGUAUCGUCGGCCUAUGCGGUGUCGUCCCGGCCCUUCCCUCCGUACCGCUUUGUGCACUGCAGCAACUUGAGCGCGUUCCCGCGCUUGGUGCCGCACAGCAGAGGGGCGUGGGAUGGGGAGAACCAGCUCCGACAGCAGAACUACCAGAAUCAGCGUCAUCAGCACCAGCAUCAUCACCAGCACCAUCAUCAGCAUCGGCAUCAUCAGCACCACCAGCAUCGACAUCAACGUCAGCAUCAGCAUCAUCAGCAUCAGCACCAUCAGCAGCAGCAUCAGCAGUUUGGUGUUUCUGUGGAGAAUUUGAAGCAGCAUCUCCUGAGGCAGCUGGGCCUCACCAAUAUCAAAGCUGUCCCCGCCAUUCACUGCGCCGAUUCUUGGUCUCUCAUUCUCUGGGGACCCGCUCCUGCUACACCUGCUACAGCUGCUACAGCUGCUGCUCCCCUUGCUCCUCUCCCUUCUCUUGCUCCUACUCCUCCUCCUGCUCUUACUGCUCCGUCCCCUCCUGUUUCUACACCUGCUCGGGGAUUCGAGGGCCUGAAGGAUCAGCAGGAGCCUGAGAAGCAAAGAAAGGAUGGAGAUGAGGAGCAAGUGCUGGAGAAAAAGGAGAGGGAUUGGGUGGAGAGAGGAGAGCAGAGGGAGCAGCGAGAGCAGGGAGAGCAGCCAGAGCAGAGAGAGCAGCGAGAGCAGAGAGAGCAGAGAGAGCAGCGAGAGCAGGAUGGGUUGCCGCAAGAGCAGCAGCUUUUUGAGGGGGGCUGUGGAGAGGGGCGUGGGAUGGGGAUGGGAAGAGGGAAGCAGCAGCACCUGGCGCAGCAGCAGCAGAUGGGGUUGCAGCCGCCAAUGCACCAGCCGGUGAUGGGUAUGCGGGUCCUUGAGAAUUCUCGGGACUUAAGCUCUAGUUACUCUGAAGCACGGUUUGGAGUGCAGCCCAGAAGGGCAGCGGAAGAGGCAGAGAAGGUGCGAGUGCAGGGAGGGAUCGUGCAGGCGCAAGCACAGUUUGACUUCCAGGUUCAAGCUGUGGUGCACAUGCCGACGAUUAGCCACAUGCAGGCACCAGUUAGUCACAUGCUACCGCCACCCAAUCCCAUGCAGCCACCACCCAAUCACAUGCAGCCACCACCCAAUCCCAUGGGGCCACCACCCAAUCACAUUCAGCCACCACCCAUUCACAUGCAGCCACCACCCAAUCACAUACAGCUGCAACCGUGGUUGAACCAGCCCCAAGUGCAGAUGCAUCCCCAACAGCUGCACCAAAAUCAUCACUACCAGUACCAGCAGCAGCAGCAGCAGGAGCAACAGCAACAGCAACAGCAUCUGCAGCAGCAGCAGCCACAGAGCCAACCCCACGACCACCAUCAGCCGCCGUGGCAGCAGCAGCAGUAUCAGUACCACCAACACCAGCAGCAUCACUCCCAACAGCACCAGCACCAGCAUCAACACCAUCAUCAGUACGAGCAUCAGCAGCAGCUGCAACAGCAGCAACAGCAGCAGCAGCAACUCCAGCAGCAACAGCAGCAAUACCAGCAGCAACACCAGCAGCAAUACCAGCAGCAACACCAGCAACAGCAGCAGCAAUACCAGCAGCAACACCAGCAACACCAGCAACACCAGCAGCAACACCAGCAGCAGCAGCAGCAAUACCACCAGCAGCAGCAGCAUCAGCUGCUUCCCCCGCAGGCACUUGUGACCAGGGGCGUCCAGGCACCGUUUCAACCAGAACAGUUGGUAGCACAAGCACGGCCUUUCACUAUGCACGUCCAUCGCAUAGCGCAACUGCAGCAGCCACACCAGCAGCAUCUCCUAAACCAUCCGCACUACCAGCAACAGCAGCAGAACCAGCAGCAGAUGCUGAUGCAGUCCCUGGGGCAGAUGCAGCCGCCAGGGCAGAUGCAGCCGCCAGGGCAGAUGCAAAUACAACUGCAGGAGAAGCCACGCGUUCGCAUCCAGAUUGAUGUAGAGCUCCAGCCCCAGGGGGUGCCCAUGCUGCUGCAUGUGGACCCUCAGGGCCAGGUGAAUCUUCAGGUGCUGCCACAGCCUGCCACAGGCGUUGCGCCACAGGCAGGAGCAGGGUCUCAGGUGGGAGUUCGGAGAGAUCAGGGGGCACGGGAAGAGCAGCUGAUGCAGGGGCAAGGGCAGCUGCAGCAGCAGGUGCAGUUGCAGGCUCAGCAGCAGCAGCAGCAGCAGCAGCACCUUCCUCCCUUUGGACAAUCUCAGGAGCAUGGCGACCAGCACUUUUCCGGCCCUCGUACCACUUACGAGCGAACAGAACAGCGGGUCCAACUACAGACCACCUCUCACACCGCCACAUUCACCAGCACGCGACUCACCACCCACUCCACCAUCAAAUCAGCCACAGCCGCCGCCGCUGCUGCUGCUGCUGCACGCACCGCCACCACCACCACCACUACAACCACGAGCAGCAGCAGCAGCAUGACAUGGUCGUUUGCCUAUUCGGGAGACACCCGUCCGAACGACAGCUUUGCCCGGGAAGCAGUGGGGUGCACGCUGCUGGUGCACGAGGGCACGUUUGCGUGCGAGUAUGUGGAGGAUGCGCGGAGCAAGCUGCACUCGACGGUGGAGGAGGCGGUGGGGGUGGCGAGGAAGAUGCUUGCGGAGCAACUCAUUCUCACCCAUUUCAGCAAGAAGCAUCGCGGGGUGUCUGAGCUGGACCCGCGGAGAACAGCUGGUAGCAGUGAGGGAGCAGCAGCAACAGCGCAGCAGCAGAGGCAGCGAAACCAGCAACAGCGGCAGGGGAAGCGGCAGCAGGCGCAGGAGAUAGAGGAGCAGGAGCAGAAGGGAGAGGCAGAGGCUGGCAAGCAGCAGGAGCAGCGGGUGGAAAAAGCAGCAGUGCCUGCUGUGCCAGCAGCUCUGGCAUUUGAUGGCAUGGUGGUUUUGCCAGCUGCCGCUGCCCGCCUAUCGUCUCUCCAGCCCAGGAUCUUCAGAGCCCUGGAUGGGUAGCUUGUAUGGGCCCUGGGUGUCUCGAGCUUGGAUGAUGGGCAUGGCGGUGGGGAGUGGUGUGAGAGAUGAGGUGGAUGUGCCAGCAGGAAGGAGAUACAGUAGUAUAGGUGAAGUGCAGCUCUGGUAUAUACUGUCCCGGGACAAGAAUCCAUGGUGCGUCAGUUCGUGCUAAUCUCUCCGUGUUACGUGGUGGGAGGAGCUGCUUGUAAUUUGUUGCUUCUGGCAGAUAGUUGUUUCCCUUCCCUGUACCCCCGUGCUGUAACUUUGUUCCCCCGUCUGUCAUCACGUCACAAACAACUGUCACAGCAAAUAUUCACUUAAAACCCUGGAGUGUAAUAUGAUUAGGCAG